GCACACAGCACAGCAGCAGAGGAGGCUUGACACAUCAUGACGAGGGUACGAGGAGACAAUGAGCUGCUGGAGCUCCUUGGGAUCAUGGGUGGAGAUAAUGGCGAGCAAGACGCAAAAACUCCUGCAGAAACCAGCCGUGAUACGAGGACACACCCGGCACCGGCGGCGGGCGAGUUCGCGUGCGUUCCCGAGACGGGCUGGAAUAGCUCCAUAUGGAACCCCCACGUCUUCGAGCCAGCCGCAGCCGCCACUGGUUUUGGCGUUGCCAGUCGAACCGGGGAGGGGGUCAGGAGGGUCGUGUCUCCGCAGGAGGAGGUUUUGCGGCAGCAGGCCGUCGCGAUCGUUUUCUCUAGGUUUCAGGCAAGAAGGAAAACGAGAGGCGCUUGUGAUUCUUGUCUGCUGCCUGCUACACCUACAGCAGUAGCUGGUGGCUUAUUUAGGUUGCUCCGAGAGUUGGGGGGACAGGGAGGGGGCGCAAAGGACCGAGAAAUCCCAGGAAAUCCUUGCGUGGUGCUGCGCGCUCAGGGCCUGAUGAUAUACGCAAGCCUCUGCAACGCCCACAACGGCCGCGGGACUCUGGCUUUUCAGACCCCAAGACCAAGCAGCGGUAGUCUCACUCCAGCGGUGACCGCUGUUGCCUUUGUCCCCCCGGAACACGGUGUUCUACCCCAUGCUUCCCCCGCCAUGCAGGUGCUCGGAAAGGAGCUCGGAAUCCGUGUAAAGAACGAGAUGUUCGAGCGGUGGCAGUUCAGCCGGAAGCUCAAGGAGGGCAGGGGAGGGGACCCAAUUCUGCCGGCCGAGUCGUUCUUUGACCCAGGCUUGGACGCGGAGCUGCAAGCGUUGGGGGUGCACAAAGCGCAGUCGAGGAACCUUUGCUGCGAGCUCGGGCGGGCCUCCAAGUCCGCCCUCAAGACCCUCAAGAAGCAGGUGGCUGCCUCUAUGCCUGUGUGGCUGCUGCGCAUGAACAGCGCCCACUACGACAAGAUGAAGGAGCUGUUCAGCCGAUCUCGCGUGGAGGGGGCCGCUAGAUGGCAGUCCUCUUCGACGGAGCACCCACCUCCCGCCUGGAUAGGCGACUUCCACGACUGCCUGUUCUCGUGCCUCAUGAGGUACGAGGCGCUGCAGGCCUCCAUGGGGGGCGAUGCUUUCGACGUCCUGCUGAAGCGCUUCGGCGCGAGGAUGGAGUGCUUCGCUUCGCCCUUCAAUUGCCGCUACUCGCGAUACUGCAGCGCCUUCCCCGACACCGACGGGCCUUUCGGCAGGUGCGGGCGAAACGCAUUCCCAACAGCCUGCUGGAAACAGCAGUGUGUGUCUUUUCUCUUGUCUCCGCCUACGGAGGGAGCUUACCAGGCCAAUCCCCCCUUUGUUCGAGACGUUAUCCUGAAGAUGGCCACUCAUAUGGAUGGCCUCCUGCAGACCAGCGUUGGACACAACGCAGCCGUUGUCGAGUACUGCACGCUCAAAGAGGGGCCUCUCAGCUAUCGGCCGAUGGCGAAGCCGAAGGGCAGGAGGCAGCCAACUGGUGGUGUAGUUGGACGCCCUUCCAAGUCGGACAAGAGAGCCAAAACAGCAGCAGCGAGAGGUCCGUUGGCCCAGGAGAGACUCCAAGCUGAGCUCGAGCAGCAACGUGCAGCGCUCGCGGCGGACAGAGCAGAGAUGGCGCAGAGGGAGCAAGCGCUCAGAGCGAAGGAGGCUGCGUUCGCCAAGAAGGAGCAAGAAAUGGCGCGCGCCGCUGCACAGCGGGAAAAGCGUGAGCAGCAGGAGGUUGAGCGCGUACAAGCAGCAGCUGCUGCUGCGGCGGAGAAGGUUGCUCAGGGCCUGGACUACAUGGACACAUCUGUGCACGAGGUGAAGCCGAAGAAGGGCGAGGUCUGGACCCAGUUGCAGUCAAGGAUGGUCCUCAUGCUACUCUUCGACCUCCGCAAGGAAGGUUGCUCUGAGAACGAGGCGGUGUUGCAGGCCGAUGUCUUUUUUAAAUAUUCAUCUUGAUCAAAGAGGGGUAACGGUUGGUUUUUGAAUCUAUACUCCGGAAUAUGUGCUGUACACCCUAUUUUUGCUGCCAACAGCAGUAUGUUCAUGUGUGGUGUGUGUGUUUUCGUUGCAUUUAUGUCGGGCGCGAGCCUUUGCCGUUCGUUACACGGUUGACUCACCUGUCUACGUCACACAAAUAUUCAGCAGGAAUACAUUGUACUGUUGUACAGC